ACGCACGCUUUUCCCCGGAAGUCAUUCUUCACUGUUUCUCCAUGGCAUGUUAGUGUUCCGUUGAUUCGUUCGUUCGUUCGUUCGUUGAUAAUUUUAAACCACCAUGGCUAAUAGAACGGUAAAAGAUGCCAAUAGUAUACAUGGAACAAAUCCCCAGUAUCUUGUCGAGAAGAUUAUACGGACACGUAUAUAUGAGUCCAAGUAUUGGAAAGAGGAAUGUUUUGGACUUACAGCUGAGCUUGUCGUGGAUAAAGCAAUGGAGCUGAAGUUUGUUGGUGGUGUAUAUGGAGGAAACAUCAAGCCUACUCCAUUCUUAUGUCUGACACUAAAGAUGCUGCAGAUUCAGCCUGAAAAGGACAUCAUUGUGGAAUUCAUCAAGAAUGAGGACUUCAAGUAUGUCCGUUUGCUUGGAGCGAUGUAUAUGCGCCUGACUGGAACUUCUGUGGAUUGCUACAAGUAUUUAGAACCAUUAUACAAUGACUACAGAAAAAUCAAAAGCCAGAAUAGAGAUGGAGAGUUCGUGUUGAUGCAUGUCGAUGAGUUCAUAGAUGAGCUUCUUCAUGCAGAGCGGAUGUGUGAUAUUAUCCUCCCCAGACUUCAGAAGAGACAGGUUUUGGAGGAAGCUGAGCUACUGGAUGCUCGUAUUAGUGCCCUGGAAGAAGACCUGGAUGAGGUGGAGACCAGUGAUGAGGAGGAUGAGGAAGAAGAGAAGCAAGAGAGGGUGCAGACACCAGAGACACACAGAAGAAGUUACAGAGAUAUGGACCGGCCACGCAGGUCUCCAUCUCCACGCUACAGACGCAGCCGCUCACCCAGAAGACGAAGCAGAUCACCUAAAAGACGAAGCCCAUCACCCAGACGUGAUCGAGACCGGGACCGCCACCGCAGCAAAAGCCCCCGUAGACACCGCAGCAGAUCCAGGGACAGAAGGCAUCGCUCCAAAUCUCCAGGUCACCACAGAAGUCACCGGCAUCGCAGUCACUCCAAGUCCCCAGAAAGUCGGUCAAAGAAGAGUCACAAGAGAAGUCGAAGAGGAAACGAGUGAUCUCAGUUUUCUGUGUGAUAUUCUUUUUCUUUCUUUCUUUUUUUAUAGAUAUUUUUGUGCUCUGAAUUAAAUGGAGAAACAGCAAUUUCUGUCAUAAAAGCUUGACCUUAUUCUGUGUAAAUCACCCAAGCCCAAUUUAGUCCUCAGGUUUUUGAUGCUGUUUUAUACUUUUAAUUUGAAAUUGGGAACCAUAAAUGUUUUUUUUUUUCAUCCUGAAUUAACUGUACUAUGUAAAAUAAACAUUUGAUGUAUUGUAGUUUCAGUUUCUCCUGUUAUAAAGACAAUGAUUGAAACUGUCUACAAGAAGAUUUGUUUUCAUUGUUAUUUUGUAUAUGAUUUCAGUCUCUAAAUUUAGUGAAUUAUCUACAUGUACAUAACGAUUCUAUACCUGAAUUGAACACCUAAAGCCAGGCAUGUGCGGGGGGCUUUGGGGGCUCGAGCACCUGCCCUUUUUCGAAAUUAAUCAAAAGUGCCCCUCUCAGACAAAUAGCAAUGAUAAUAUUGUGGUCAAUAAAACAAAAUGCAUUUAAAUUUAUAAUUAACAAAGCCAAAAGAAGCCUGGACAUAACCACUCUUAUACUAUUUUAGUGCUUUGGGAUAAAGUUGGCAAAACUGCACCUAAUUUCAGGGGGGCGAUGAAAUACUUAUUUUCUUUUAAAUAUAAAAUUGAGUAAUCAGCAAAAUAUAAGUCUGUCUUUUCAAAAUAAAAGACAUGCAGAAGACUACAAAUGGUAGACUAAAGAUUCAUAGACACUUGAAUGAGUUUCAGAUUAAUAAUAAUAUUUUUUUAUAUGAUCAGUGACUAAAAUGACAUGGGUAAACGUUUUUUUUCUCAACCAUGUACUGUACAGCUAUGAUAACUGGUUUGUUUAUUUUUUGUUUUUAAUUGGCAAACAACGAAGGUCAAAUCUUCAUUUUACUUUUAAUCAUUGACAACUAGGAAGGCUAGGAAACUAGGAAAGGCAAUUUUUCGAUGAUGAAAUUGUUUAAAUGCAAAUUUAAAGACUCUUUCUGUUUGUUGUUAUGGAGACUUUUAUUUUGACGGGUGUUUUUACAAGACAUCGAACAGGAAGUAAAUACGUCAACGUUAUGAGAAAAUAUUCAAAUAAUUUUUGAUCAGCCUGGAUAGCUUUAUAGUGGAGAAAUUUUCUUAUCCUAUUCAUACACAGCACACAGGAUGAGUAUGAAUGACUUUGCUGUCCUCAGCACUGGGCGAAAGAUGCCCCUUGUGGGACUUGGGACAUGGAAGAGUGAACCUGGACAGGU